CAACUCUUUUCGAAGUAUUUUGAAUCGGUACAGAGUUGCUCUCAAUAAUUAUCGACGCCUGGCAACGUCAUCCACUUAUUUCUCUCUGGUAAAAUUUGCAAGUCAAUUUGCAUUUCAACAUCCAACCUCGAAAAAAGGUUAAGCAACUGGAAUCAUAAUGGACCGUCAGCACGGCGCAACUUGUGACGGCUGCGACCUUUGGGGCAACGGAAUAACUGGCUGCCGCUACAAGUGCCUGAAGUGCGCCGACUUUGAUUUGUGUAAGAGCUGCUAUGACGCCAAGGUGGUGAGUGGGCGGCACAAGUCGGAGCAUCCAGUGCAGUGCCUGCUGGACGAGGAUGCUAAGAAGCUGUACUUUGCCGGGGAGCCAAUUCCCUAUCUGAACGCCGAUAGCUUCACUUGCCCCAUCUGCGGCACCAUGGGCCAUUCGUACCACGAACUUGUGAAGCAUGUGGUUGCCCAGCACAAAGACGACCGCAGCGACGCCAUCUGUCCACUGUGCGUGGCCUUGCCCAUGGCCCCACCCGACCGCUUGCUCAAAAUUUCGCAGCACUUUCGCCGUCAGCAUCGCGAGUCGUCGAACAUUCGCGAUGCCGUUGCCGAGGAGGAGUCGAGAGCAUCCGACAUGGCCGAUCGCUUCUCCCGUCUCUCUUUAGCAGAGGCUGCGCGCUCCGGACUGCCAAUACGUCAUCUGCUCGUCCGUGUCACUCGGCCAGCCAAUCGCUUGCCCCCCGAUACUAGCAGCGAGGAGGACUAAGCUGCCUAAGCAAAUCUGUUCCGCCAAAGAUGUGGAGGAUCUACGCCUACAGAGAUCAACGCACACCACCUACACACACACUAUGCAUAUGUGUACGGAUCCACUGUCUCCACGCACACAUUAAUACACAUACACGAACACUAAAUAUGCAUACAAAUGAACGCCGCAACUGUGAUGGAAAGUUUUCGUUCUAUUUGAAUGCAUUUUCUUGGACAUUUUUGCUGCUACACACAUACACAUACACAUACACAUACCAGGAGAUACACUGACCCAAAAGGCCACAAAAGAACUCACAAAAUUCAUGUUUAGACAUUCAGUAAACAAUUGUAUCACUCGAAAAUUAUUACACUGUGCCACAGAUGCUUUGUACUUCACAUGAGGGCUUGCGUUAGUGGUAGUAAAAAAAAAUAAUGAUCGAAAACUUUCGUUUGAGAUAUGUAUUUUUUUUUUUUUUUUUUUACCCCAUGUAUUGGAGCACUACGACACCUACGCACACAAACAGACAUACAUUUUGUUAAAUACAAGAAAUAAAUUACAGAAAAAAACACAUUAAAACCAGAAAAUGUAACCCUUUGAAAGAUCUUUCAUUUCGCAGGAUCUUUCAAGUCAAAAGGUAGAGAUAUUUCUGGCACUUUUGCGACAAGCGCACAAAGAGACAAAUAAAAAGAGAAUGUUGCGGCCUUUA